AUGGAUCCCAGCGAUCCCAGCGGUCAGGAACUGAAAGGUUUGGCCGCCAAAAUGGCUCUCCCGGAGCAGGAGGUCGAUCAUUUGGAUGUCCAGUUCCGACAUUACGACUUCGAUGGCAGCGGCGCCUUAGACUUGGAGGAAGUGCGGAGUAUCCUGGCAGAUAUCGGCCUCAGCCCGCAGAACCGCGAGGAAAAGUUUGAGGCCCUGGGGCCCAGGUUCUGGGACCUUGGGGACCAUGAGCAGCGCUUCAGCGGACAAUCCAAGCGGAGAUUUGGAGAUUUGUUGUUUGUUCCGGAAUUGGCUAUAUAA